AUACGACGAUGGAAAUAUCAGUAAUCGGUAAUAAUCAAAAGCUGAGCAUUCUUGUCGAAAAUCAAGGCAGAAUUAACGACAAGAGGUUUUUGGAGGAUAUAAAGGGGAUUUUAUCAAACGUAACUCUAGGAAAAUACACCCUAGGUCCGUGGGUAAUGACUGGGUAUCCGUUAAACGAAACAUCGUGGUUAGAAACACAAAAAAUUCAACCAAAUAUCAAACCACCAGCUUUUUACAAAGGAGUUUUCGUCAUACCACAAGAUAAUAAACACACAAAACCAUUGGAUACAUUUUUAGAUACGUCUGGAUGGUCAAAGGGUUUUGCAUUUAUCAAUGGAAUUAACAUCGGUAGAUAUUGGCCAGCAGUAGGUCCACAAAUCACACUAUACGUGCCAGCUCCGUUCUUAGUUCCCGGACUUAACUCUAUAGUGAUGGUAGAACUUGAAGGAGCUUCUGAAGAUUUCACUGUCAAGUUGGUUGAUAAACAUCGUUUGGAUGGAUAAUUCAAAAUAAAAAUAAUGUUCAGAAAAUAUAAUGUAUGUUAUUCAUAUGAAUAAACAAAAAUAAAUAUAAUCUAUA